UACCUAGCAAGUUUGAUCUAUAUUAUAUUGAUAUCUGCUACAAGUAGUAUGGUUUGCCAAUCCCAAAAUAUGGGUAUAAAAGCAAUUCUUAAAAGGAGUAAAGUGAAACAGAAAGCACACUUCACCUCAACCUGCCUGACUUUGAUUAGAAGAAAAUAUCUCUAAAAGUGUGAACUCUAAACAGCUACCACAACAAAAGCUGAAUGGAAAAGAGUUCUGAGGAACUGCAUUCCUUUGAACUUCCAAGUAAAACCUUAAGUAAGAUUAUGCAAACCUAAAAACCCCAUCCUGAUUAAGAGAAAAAAUGCACCCCUUUCUCCAAGUAAGUUUUUGUGGAUUUCUCCACAGCUGCUAGGGUAUGUGUUGGGUAAAGAAAGCUCUAACGAAUCAGCAUUCUUUUCCACAUGACCACAGCUAAUUGGCCCCCCUGCAGACCAAAUGACCAAUCACAUCAGCUUCAUAUGAAAACCAACCCCCCCACAUUAUAAACUGUGGAAUGAGACCUGUAAGCCCAUUUUGAACAAACAUCCUUCCAAACUAGUUGUCAAAAGGGUUUCUCUUUGUUGCAUUGGGAUCACUGUAUACAGAUUCAAGAUAGCUUGGUGCACUUUCCAUAUCCAAGACAUCCACCUUCCUCCCUUUCCCCGCCAGACAGAUAAAAGCUACAAAGAUACCGAAGAUGAGGACGGAAGUGAUAGAAGGCAACAACACCAAACCUAGUGCUCCUCUCCUGGCCCAACGGUACCCAAGAAUGGUCACUAAAGAUGGGCAUAGCACACUCCAGAUGGAUGGUGCCCAUGGGAAAGGCCUUGCAUACCUAAAAGAUGCUUGGGGAAUCCUAAUGGAUAUGCGCUGGAGAUGGAUGAUGCUGGUAUUUUCUGCUUCCUUUGUCCUUCACUGGCUUGUCUUUGCAGUGCUUUGGUAUCUACUAGCAGAAAUGAAUGGGGAUCUGGAGAUUGAUCAUGAUUCCCCACCUGAAAACCAUACGAUUUGUGUAAAGUACAUCACUAGCUUUACAGCUGCUUUUUCCUUUUCACUGGAGACACAGCUCACUAUUGGUUAUGGCACAAUGUUCCCAAGUGGAGACUGUCCGAGUGCAAUUGCUCUACUUGCUAUACAAAUGGUACUCGGACUGAUGCUGGAGGCCUUCAUCACAGGUGCAUUUGUAGCAAAAAUUGCCCGUCCAAAGAACCGAGCUCUCUCCAUCCGGUUUACUUAUUCUGCAGUAGUGACACACAGAGAAGGAAAGCCAUACCUAAUGUUCCAAGUGGCCAAUACUCGCCCGAGCCCACUCACCAGUGUUCGAAUUUCUGCAGUUCUUUAUGAAGAACGGGAAAAUGGUCAGCUGCAUCAAACUAGUGUGGAUUUCCAUCUGGACAGCAUCACUUCUGAAGAGUGCCCAUUUUUUAUUUUUCCCUUGACCUAUUAUCAUUCUAUAACUCCAUCAAGCCCUUUGGCGAUUCUCCUACAAAGGGAGGCUCAUCAUCAUUUUGAGCUAGUAGUUUUCCUUUCAGCCACACAAGAAGGCACAGGAGAAACAUGCCAGAGGAGGACAUCGUAUCUCCCAUCAGAAAUUAUAUUACAUCACCAUUUUGCCUCCAUGUUGGUUCGAGGUGCCAAAGGGGAGUAUCAGAUAAAGAUGGAGAAUUUUGACAAGACAAUCCCAGAACUUCCAGCAGCAGACUCCAAAAGUUCAAAGAGGACUGACAUGGAGAUCCGCAUCAAUGGACAGCACAUUGACAGCUUCCAGAUCUGUGAGACUCGUCUGACUGAAUAGACUUUGAAUGUAGAUCCAGGUGUUGUUGGUUUUUUUUAAAAAAAGAAUUGGAUUAGACUAUCAUGUCUUAAUUUUCCUCCCUGUUUUCUUGUGCUUUUUUUGUUCUAUAAUGCUUUUGACUUCAGAACAGUGUGCAGAACAAAGAGCAUAGUAUCCAUGUAACUGGAUGAAUCACUGGAGUAACUGCACAAAAACAGAGUCAGGGACAAGAACCACUGCACAAAUUCUGGGAAAACAGAAGUGCUACCUGCUGAAUUCACUAGACUAUGAUUAAAACUGCACUGACCCUGAAACAAGAGACUUUCAGACUUGGACAGCUCGUCAAAGGUCUAAUUAAAUGAUAUGAGGGUAAAUACUGUGGCAAAAUGGACAAAACUGUAGUAAAUUGUGUCAACUAAAAAGAAUUUUCAUCUGAAAAGCCCAAGAUCCCUGAGAUUCAUAGAAUCAGCCAUCUCUUGCCUUAUGGUUACAACAGAAUAUGCUGAUGUCUAAACAUGCUAUGAAGAAUGUUGCUAGUAUUUUCUGUGGCAAUGAAAUUGCAAUCCUGCUGUGCUUGUUUAUUAAGGAAAAUCACAAGCAUUUGCUGAAGCUCUUUGUUCCAGCAGCUAAGAACAAGUUCAACAUCCUUAGGCAGUUUUCUGAUGAAAGUGUAUGAAAAGCAUAAUGACAUGUGUUAGACUAAUAUUUUGUAUCGGGAUUAUUU